AUAUAUACCACAGAGAGAGAGUGAAGAUAAGAAGAAGAAGGAAAUGGGGAGAGGUAGAGUGGAAUUGAAGAGGAUAGAGAAUAAGAUAAACAGACAGGUGACUUUCUCUAAGAGAAGAAAUGGUCUUCUCAAGAAAGCUUAUGAACUCUCUGUUCUCUGUGAUGCUGAGGUUGCUCUAAUCAUUUUCUCCAGCCGAGGAAAGCUCUAUGAGUUUGCCAGUACUAGCACGGCGGAGACACUCGAACGGUACCAACGUUGCUCUUUCAAUCCUCAAGAAACCAAUGCUGAAAGAGAAACACAGAGCUGGUACCAAGAGGUUUCAAAAUUGAAGGCCAAGUAUGAAUCUCUGCAAAGAACUCAAAGGCAUCUGCUGGGAGAAGAUUUAGGACCGUUGAGUAUUAAGGAGUUGCAAAAUCUUGAAAAACAGCUUGAACUUGCCCUUGUUCAAGCCAGGCAAAGGAAGACACAGCUUAUGAUGGAACAAAUGGAAGAUCUACGCAGAAAGGAGCGCCAGCUGGGAGACAUGAACAAGCAACUCAAGAUCAGAGUCUCACUCGAAAUGUCAACGCUUGAGGCAGAAGGACAAGGUAUGAGAGGGCUUCCUUGCCCGUGGAACUCCGGCGAAUCGGCCGCCGGAGGUGGCGGCUUCCAUCUCCAACUGCCACCUUCCCAACAAGUGGACACUAUUGAACCACAACCUGUUCUGCAAAUGGGGUAUCAUGACUAUGAUAUUGGAGAAGGGUCAUCAGCUCCAAGAAGCAUGGAUCUUGACAAUAAUUUCUUCCAAGCCUGGACCCUUUGACUUUCACCUUGACCAGCUUGACCUUGACCUGCUUUUUAUAUAUCUAUA